GGCCGCUCCGGGACCGGCACCGGCACCGGCACCGGCAGCGCCGCCACACCCGGCACCGGGCAUGGCCCGGGCCCGCAGCUGAGCCCGCAGCGCGCAGGCCGGGAGGUGACACCGGAGCCGUUCCCGAGCGAGGUCCGAGGAUUCCUGGGGCGGAUCCGGCCGGGACCGGGACCCCACCAAGAUGGAGCCCCAGGAUGACCCCCGGGAGAUUCUCCUGCCCAGCUGGGAGGGCAGCGGCUCCCACGGCAUCACCAUCGCCCAGACUGACCACGGCGUCUUCGUGCGCUGCGUCCAGCAGAACUCCCCGGCCGCGCGCACGGGCGUGGUCAAGGAAGGGGAUCAGAUCGUCAGCGCCACCGUGUACCUGGACUCGCUGCCGCCGGGGGAGGCGGCGCAGCUGCUGCAGACCAUGGGGCAGCACGCGCUGGGGCUGCGGCUGCAGCGCCCGGGGGAGCGCCCGCCCGCGGCCGGGCACGGACACGGACACGGACACGGACACGGGCACGGACACGGACACGGGCACGGACAGAGCGGGAUGGUGCCCGGCAGCCCCGAGGUGGUGCUGAGCGGCGAUGACGAGGAGUACCGGCGCAUCUACACCACCAAGAUCAAGCCGCGGCUGCGGCCCGAGGAGGGCGCGGAGGCCGAGGGGACGCAGAGCAGAACCAUCACGGUCACCCGCCGGGUCACCGCCUACACCGUGGACGUCACCGGCGGCGACGGCGACCUCGGCCCCGAGCUCGGCGUCCCGAUCCCCGACGUGCUGCCCGGGCCCCUCCAGAGCCGCGUUCCUGGCGGAGACACCGGAGCGUCCCUGGCGGGCUGGAAGGGCUCCGGCCCCUCGCGGGGGUCACCGCGGAUCGAGGCCAACGGGCAGCUCGGAGACAUGGACGGGUCGUUCCACGUGUCCGGCGGGGCCCCGUGUCCGCAGGGGGAGGUCGCCGCCUCCUCCCUGCCCCUGGACGUGGGGAAGAUCAAGAUCCCGGCGCUGAAAAUCCCCAAAUUCGGGUUCCAGGCCGGCGGGGAAGCCCCGCGGGUGGACGUCACCUGCCCGCAGGUGGACGUGGGGGUCACCGGUGCCACCGAGGUCCCCUCCCCUCCGCCGGACGUCCCCAGCGCGGAGCUCCAGGACGGCGCCAAGGGCAAAGUCAAAAUCCCACACCUGACCUUCCCCAAAUUCUCGGCCCAGGGCGAGGCCGUGGAGGCGCCCAAGGGCGUGGCCGUGCCCCAGGUGGAAGGAGAGUGGAAAGGCCCCACCUUCAAAAAGGUGGAAACGCCCCAAAUUUCGCUGUCGGACGUGAACCUGCACCUGAGGGGCCCCAGAGGGGAGGGGGACCUGGCAGGACUCGGCCCCAAGGGGCUCCAGGUGGACGUGGCCGGACUGAAGGGCGUGGAGAUGGACGUUGGCCUGAAGGGGUCCAAGGGAGGAGUGGACGUGUCCGUGCCGAGCGUGGGGGGUGAACUGAGGGGGCCUCAACUGGACCUUAAAGGGCCCCAAAUCGGGGUGGAGGUGCCCGGAGUGGACAUCAAGGGGCCCGAGGUGAGCGCCCAGAGCCCCCAGAUCUCCGUGCCUGAUGUCGAGCUGAACCUCAAAGGGCCGGUGGUGAAAGGAAACCUGGAUGUGUCCACCCCAAAACUGGAAGGGGAGCUGAAAACCCCCGGGCUGGACAUCAAGGGCCCCAAAGUUGAGGUUGAAACCCCAGAUUUGAACAUCCAAGGGCCUGAGGGCAAACUGAAAUUCCCCAAGCUGAAAAUGCCGAAAUUUGGGGUGAAGGGAGAGAGCCCCAGCGUCGAGGUGACCCUUCCCAAAGGGGGGGUGGACGUGUCCGGCCCCAAGGUGGACGUCAGCAUCCCCAGCGUGGACGUCAAGGGCCCCAAAGUGGACAUUGAAGCGCCUGAAGUGGACGCCCACGGCCCCGAGGGGAAGUUCAGGAUGCCCAAAUUCAAGAUGCCCAAAUUUGGGAUUCCCGGGGUCAGAGCAGAGGGGCCUGAGGUGGACGUGACCCUCCCGAAAGGCGGCCUGGAGGUGUCCGGCCCCAGGGUGGACGUUGAGGCGCCGAGUUUGGACGUCCAGGGGCCCGACCUGCACCUCAAGGCUCCCAAAAUCUCCGCGCCGGACGUCAACCUGACCCUGAACGGCGCCAAGGCCAGCGGCGACCUGGACGUGAAGGGCCCUGAACUGGACAUCAAGGGCCCCAAAGUUGAGGCUGAAACCCCAGAUUUGAACAUCCAAGGGCCUGAGGGAAAACUGAAGUUCCCCAAGCUGAAAAUGCCGAAAUUUGGGGUGAAGGGAGAGAGCCCCGAGCUGGAGGUGACCCUUCCCAAGGGCAGAGUGGACGUGUCGGGUCCCGGACUGGACCUGCAGGGGCCCCAGGUGAGCACCAAAACCCCCCAAAUCUCCAUGCCCGACAUCGACCUGAACCUCAAAGCACCCAAGGUCAAGGCAGAUUUGGACGUUUCUGCCCCAAAACUGGAAGGGGAGCUGAAAACCCCCGGGCUGGACAUCAAAGGCCCCAAAGUGGAGGUUGAAACCCCAGAUUUGAACCUCCAAGGGCCUGAGGGCAAGCUGAAGUUCCCCAAAAUGAAAAUGCCAAAAUUUGGGGUGAAGGGAGAGAGCCCUGAGCUGGAGGUGACGCUGCCCAAGGGAGAAGUGGACAUUUCGGCCCCCAAGGUGGACAUUUCGGCCCCCAGGGUGGACAUUUCGGCCCCCAGGGUGGACAUCGACGUCCCGAGCGUGGACGUGGAAGGGCCGGAGGUCAAAGGGAAAGGCCUCAAGUUCAAAAUGCCUGAACUCAACGUUCAGACCCCAAAACUCUCCAUGCCAGACGUGGAUCUGGGCUUGAAGGCCCCGAAGCUGAAGGGCCCCAAAGUCGACGUGAAAGGCCCCAAAGUGGACGUGGAAGGUGCCAAAAUGGACGUGAAGGGUCCCAAGUUGGAUGUGGAAGGUCCCAAGUUGGAUGUGGAAGGUCCCAAGUUGGAUGUUGACGUGCCUGAGGUGGACUUGGAAUGUCCAGAAGGGAAACUGAAAGGCCCCAAAUUCAAGAUGCCGAAACUCAACAUCAAAUCCCCCAAAAUCUCGAUGCCCGACGUGGAUUUGAACCUGAAGGGACCCAAAGUGAAGGGAGACGUGGACGUGGCCGUCCCCAAGGUGGAAGGGGACAUCAAGGGGCCGAAGGUGGACGUGGAGGUCCCGGACGUGCACCUGGAGGGGCCAGAGGCCAAACUGAAAAUGCCCAAAAUGAAAUUGCCUCAUUUCAACGUGUCCGGCCCCAAACUGGAGGGGCCCGAGGUGGACGUGACCCUGCCCAAGGGAGAGGUGGACGUGUCCGGGCCCGAGGUGGACAUUGAGGGACCCGAGGUGGACAUUGGAGGAGCAGAAGGGAAGUGGAAAGGUCCCAAAUUCCGGAUGCCGAAACUCAACAUCAAAUCCCCCAAAAUCUCAAUGCCUGAUGUGGAUUUGAACCUGAAGGGACCCAAAGUGAAGGGAGACGUGGACGUGGCCCUGCCCAAGGUGGAAGGGGAUGUGAAAGUUCCAGAAAUGGACAUCAAAGGGCCGAAAGUGGACGUUGAGGUGCCCGGCGUGGCUUUGGAAGGGCCCGAGGGGAAGAUCAAAGGGCCCAAGUUCAAGAUGCCCGAGAUGCACAUCAAGACCCAGAAGAUCUCCAUGCCCGACGUGGACAUCAACCUCAAGGGGCCCAAGGUCAAGGGGGACGUGGACGUGGCAGUUCCGAAGCUCGAGGGGGAACUGAAGGGCCCCGAAAUCGACCUCAAGGGCCCCAAAGUGGACAUUGAUGUUCCAGAUGUCGACAUUCACGGGCCUGAGGGAAAAUUCAAGAUGCCCAAAUUUAAGAUGCCCAAAUUUGGGAUGCCCGGGGUCAAAGCAGAGGGGCCUGAGGUGGACGUGAACCUCCCAAAAGGAAACCUGGACGUAUCCGGCCCCAAGGUGGACAUUGAGGGUCCAGAGGUGGACAUUGAGUGUCCCGAAGGAAAACUGAAAGGCCCCAAGUUCAAGAUGCCCGAGAUGCAUUUCAAGACCCCCAAAAUCUCCAUGCCCGACAUCGACCUGAACCUGAAGGGGCCCAAGGUCAAAGGAGAUGUUGAUGUUUCCCUUCCCAAAGUGGAAGGGGAGCUGAAGGCCCCAGACAUCGACAUCAAAGGCCCCAAAGUCGAUGUUGAUCUCCCCGACGUGGAGCUGGAAGGUCCCGAGGGGAAGAUCAAAGGGCCCAAGUUCAAGAUGCCCGAGAUGCACAUCAAGGCCCCCAAAAUCUCCAUGCCCGACGUCGACUUUGGCCUGAAGGGCCCCAAAGUCAAGGGGGACAUCGAUGUCUCUGUCCCCAAGAUUGAAGGUGACCUCAAGGGUCCCGAAAUCGACCUCAAGGGCCCCAAAGUGGACAUUGAGGCACCUGAUGUCGACAUUCACGGGCCUGAGGGAAAGUUCAAGAUGCCCAAAUUCAAGAUGCCCAAAUUUGGGCUGAAGGGAGAAGGCCCCGAGGUGGAUGUGAACCUCCCUAAAGGAGACCUGGACGUGUCCGGCCCCAAGGUGGACAUUGAGGGUCCAGAGGUGGACGUGGAGCUGCCCGAGGGGAAGAUCAAAGGGCCCAAGUUCAAGAUGCCCGAGAUGCAUUUCAAGACCCCCAAAAUCUCCAUGCCCGACAUCGACCUGAACCUGAAGGGGCCCAAACUCAAGGGGGACGUUGAUGUCUCUGUCCCCAAACUCGAGGGUGACCUGAAGGCCCCAGACAUCGACAUCAAAGGCCCCAAAGUCGAUGUUGAUCUCCCCGACGUGGAGCUGGAAGGGCCCGAGGGGAAGAUCAAAGGCCCCAAGUUCAAGAUGCCCGAGAUGCACAUCAAGGCCCCCAAAAUCUCCAUGCCAGACUUUGAUCUCAACCUGAAGGGCCCCAAAGUGAAGGGGGACGUGGACGUGUCACUGCCCAGCGUGGAAGGGGAGCUGAAAGGGCCCAAGGUGGACGUGAAAGGCCCCGAAUUCGAUGCUUCUGCCCCAGAUGUUGAAAUCGAGGGGCCCGAGGGGAAGAUCAAAGGGCCCAAGUUCAAGAUGCCCGAGAUGCACAUCAAGGCCCCCAAAAUCUCCAUGCCCGACGUCAACUUCAGCCUCAAAGGCCCCAAGGUCAAAGGUGAUGUGGACGUGUCGGUCCCAAAAUUGGAGGGUGACCUGAAGGGCCCUGAACUGGACAUCAAAGGCCCCAAAGUGGACAUUGAAGCGCCUGAUGUCGACAUUCACGGGCCUGAAGGAAAAUUCAAGAUGCCCAAAUUCAAGAUGCCCAAAUUUGGGAUGCCCGGGGUCAAGGCAGAAGGUCCUGAGGUGGAAGUGAACCUCCCGACAGGAAACCUGGAUGUGUCCGGCCCCAAGGUGGACAUUGAGGGUCCAGAGGUGGACAUUGAGUGUCCCGAAGGAAAACUGAAAGGCCCCAAGUUCAAGAUGCCCGAGAUGCAUUUCAAGACCCCCAAAAUCUCCAUGCCUGACAUCGACCUGAACCUGAAGGGCCCCAAGGUCAAGGGGGACGUCGACAUUUCCGCUCCCAAACUGGAAGGAGACCUGAAGGGCCCUGAACUGGACAUUAAAGGCCCCAAAGUGGACAUUGAGGCACCUGAUGUCGACAUUCACGGGCCUGAGGGAAAAUUCAAGAUGCCCAAAUUCAAGAUGCCCAAAUUUGGGCUGAAGGGAGAAGGCCCCGAGGUGGAUGUGAACCUCCCAAAAGGAGACCUGGACGUGUCCGGCCCCAAGGUGGACAUUGAGGGUCCAGAGGUGGACGUGGAGCUGCCCGAGGGGAAGAUCAAAGGGCCCAAGUUCAAGAUGCCCGAGAUGAACAUCAAGGCCCCCAAAAUCUCCAUGCCCGACAUCGACCUGAACCUGAAGGGGCCCAAGGUCAAGGGAGACGUCGAUGUCUCCAUCCCCAAAGUCGAGGGUGACCUGAAAGGUCCGGACGUGAGCGUGAAAGGUCCGAAGUUGGAUGUGGACGUUCCUGAGGUGGACAUUGAAGGUCCUGAGGGGAAGUGGAAGGGACCCAAGAUCAAGAUGCCAGAGAUGAACAUCAAGGCACCAAAAUUUUCCCUGCCUGAUGUUGACCUGAACCUGAAAGGUCCCAAACUGAAGGGAGAGAUGGGCGUGUCUGCCCCGAAAAUAGAAGGAGACGUGAAAGUGCCGGAUCUGGAGUUGAAAGGACCCAAAGUGGAUGUGGAUGUUCCCGACGUGGAGCUGGAGUGUCCCGAGGGGAAGAUCAAAGGCCCCAAGUUCAAGAUGCCGGAGAUGCACAUCAAGGCCCCCAAAAUCUCCAUGCCCGACUUCGAUCUCAACCUGAAGGGCCCCAAAGUGAAGGGAGACGUGGACGUGUCCGUCCCAAAAAUUGAGGGAGAUUUGAAGGCGCCAGACAUUGACAUCAAAGGCCCCAAAAUCGAUGUCAACCUCCCUGACGUGGAGCUGGAGUGCCCUGAGGCAAAACUGAAAGGCCCCAAGUUCAAGAUGCCCGAAAUGCAUUUCAAAACCCCCAAAAUCUCCAUGCCCGACAUCGACCUGAACCUGAAGGGGCCCAAACUCAAGGGGGACGUCGACAUUUCCGCCCCCAAGCUGGAAGGUGACCUGAAGGGCCCAGACGUGGACAUCAAAGGUCCCAAACUGGACAUCGAAGCUCCUGAUGUGGACAUUGAUCUCCCAGAGGGGAAGGUGAAGGGCCCCAAGUUCAAGAUGCCCGAGAUGCAUUUCAAGGCCCCCAAAAUCUCCAUGCCUGACUUCGAUCUGAACCUGAAGGGCCCCAAGGUCAAGGGCGACGUCGAUGUCUCUGUCCCCAAACUGGAGGGGGACCUGAAGGGACCAGAGGUGUCACUGAAAGGUCCAAAGGUGGACGUAGAGGUUCCCGACGUGGAGCUGGAGUGUCCCGAGGGGAAGAUCAAAGGCCCCAAGUUCAAGAUGCCCGAGAUGCACAUCAAGGCCCCCAAAAUCUCCAUGCCAGACUUCGAUCUCAACCUGAAGGGCCCCAAAUUGAAAGGGGACGUCGAUGUCUCUGUGCCCAAGCUGGAAGGGGACCUGAAGGGCCCCGAACUGGACAUCAAGGGCCCCAAAGUCAAUGUUGACCUCCCCGACGUGGAGCUGGAGUGUCCUGAGGGGAAAAUCAAAGGCCCCAAGUUCAAGAUGCCGGAAAUGAACAUCAAGGCCCCCAAAAUCUCCAUGCCUGACAUCGACCUGAACCUCAAAGGCCCCAAACUCAAGGGGGACGUCGAUGUUUCUGUUCCCAAACUCGAGGGUGACCUGAAGGCCCCAGACAUCGACAUCAAAGGCCCCAAAGUCGAUGUUGAUCUCCCCGACGUGGAGCUGGAAGGUCCCGAGGGGAAGAUCAAAGGCCCCAAGUUCAAGAUGCCCGAGAUGCACAUCAAGGCUCCCAAAAUUUCCAUGCCAGACGUCGACUUUGGCCUGAAGGGCCCCAAGGUCAAGGGGGACAUCGAUGUCUCUGUCCCCAAGGUGGAGGGCCCUGAACUGGACAUUAAAGGCCCCAAAGUGGACAUUGAGGCGCCCGAUGUUGACAUUCACGGGCCUGAAGGAAAAUUCAAGAUGCCCAAAUUCAAGAUGCCCAAAUUUGGGCUGAAGGGAGACGGGCCCGAGGUGAAUCUCCCAAAAGCAGACCUGGACGUGUCCGGCCCCAAGGUGGACGUUGAGAUGCCGAGUGUGGACAUUGAGGGGCCCGAGGGGAAGAUCAAAGGCCCCAAGUUCAAGAUGCCUGAAAUGCAUUUCAAGACCCCCAAAAUCUCCAUGCCAGACAUUGACCUGAACCUGAAGGGGCCCAAACUCAAGGGGGACGUCGAUGUUUCCGUUCCUAAAGUAGAAGGGGAAAUGAAAGGUCCAGAAUUUGACAUCAAAGGCCCCAAAGUCGAUGUUGAUCUCCCUGAUGUUGAAUUGGAAGGUCCCGAGGGGAAGAUCAAAGGCCCCAAGUUCAAGAUGCCCGAGAUGCACAUCAAGGCCCCCAAAAUCUCCAUGCCCGACGUCGACUUUGGCCUGAAGGGCCCCAAGGUCAAGGGGGACAUCGAUGUCUCUGUCCCCAAGGUGGAGGGCCCUGAACUAGACAUUAAAGGCCCCAAAGUGGACAUCGAUGUUCCAGAUGUCGACAUCCACGGGCCUGAGGGAAAAUUCAAGAUGCCCAAAUUCAAGAUGCCCAAAUUUGGGCUGAAGGGAGAAGGCCCCGAGGUGGACGUGAACCUCCCUAAAGGAGACUUGGAUGUGUCCGGCCCCAAGGUGGACAUUGAGGGUCCAGAGGUGGACGUGGAGCUGCCCGAGGGGAAGAUCAAAGGGCCCAAGUUCAAGAUGCCCGAGAUGCAUUUCAAGGCCCCCAAAAUCUCCAUGCCCGAUGUUGAUUUCAGUCUGAAAGGCCCCAAACUCAAGGGCGACGUCGAUGUCUCUGUCCCCAAACUCGAGGGUGACCUGAAGGCCCCAGACAUCGACAUCAAAGGCCCCAAAGUCGAUGUUGAUCUCCCCGACGUGGAGCUGGAAGGUCCCGAGGGGAAGAUCAAAGGCCCCAAGUUCAAGAUGCCCGAGAUGCACAUCAAGGCCCCCAAAAUCUCCAUGCCCGACGUCGACUUUGGCCUGAAGGGCCCCAAGGUCAAGGGGGACAUCGAUGUCUCAGUCCCCAAGAUUGAAGGUGACCUCAAGGGCCCCGAAAUCGACCUCAAGGGCCCCAAAGUGGACAUUGAUGUUCCAGAUGUCGACAUUCACGGUCCAGAAGGGAAAAUAAAAUUCCCCAAAUUCAAGAUGCCUAAAUUUGGGGUCCCAGGCUUCAAAGCAGAGGGGCCUGAGGUGGACGUGAACCUCCCGACAGGAAACCUGGACGUGUCCGGCCCCAAGGUGGACAUUGAGGGUCCAGAGGUGGACGUGGAGCUGCCCGAGGGGAAGAUCAAAGGCCCCAAGUUCAAGAUGCCCGAGAUGCAUUUCAAGACCCCCAAAAUCUCCAUGCCUGACGUUGACUUUAACCUCAAAGGUCCCAAACUGAAGGGGGACGUGGACGUUUCCCUUCCAAAGCUCGAGGGUGACCUGAAGGCCCCAGACAUCGACAUCAAAGGCCCCAAAGUCGAUGUUGAUCUCCCCGACGUGGAGCUGGAAGGGCCCGAGGGGAAGAUCAAAGGCCCCAAGUUCAAGAUGCCCGAGAUGCACAUCAAGGCCCCCAAAAUCUCCAUGCCCGACGUCGACUUUGGCCUGAAGGGCCCCAAGGUCAAGGGAGACAUCAAUGUCUCUGUCCCCAAGAUUGAAGGUGACCUCAAGGGCCCUGAACUGGACAUCAAAGGCCCCAAAGUGGACAUUGAGGCGCCCGACGUCGACAUUCACGGCCCAGAAGGCAAAAUUAAAAUGCCCAAGUUCAAGAUGCCCAAAUUUGGAUUUUCCGGGCCGAAAGUGGAGGGCCCCGAGGUGGACGUGAACCUCCCUGAGGCCGAGGUCAACGUUUCGGGUCCGAAAGUCGACGUUUCAGUCCCUGAGCUGGAGCUCGAAGGCCCCGACGGGAAAAUGAAAGGCCCCAAGUUCAAGAAGCCGGAGCUGCAGUUCAACGUGCCCAAAAUCUCCAUGCCCGACAUCGACCUGAGCCUGAAGGGCCCCAAACUGAAAGGGGACCUCGAUGCUUCUCUUCCCAAGGUUGAGGGCGAGCUGAAAGGCCCCAAGCUGGACAUCAAGGGGCCGGAGCUGGAGCUGGAGGGGCCCAAGGUUGACCUCGAAGGAAAAGCUAAAAAGUCCAGGUUUAAACUUCCCAAGUUUGGCUUUUCUGGCCCCAAAGUUCAAAGCCCUGAGGUGGAUGUGAAGCUUAAGAAGCCUGAGGUGGAGCUGUCUGGCCCGAAGGUCGAGGUCCAGGCUCCGGAUUUGGACGUCCAGGGGAAAUCCAAGGGCUCCAAAUUCAAAAUGCCUUUCCUGAACAUUUCUUCGCCCAAAGUCUCAAUGCCGGACGUGGAGCUGAACCUGAAGGGGCACAAAAUGAAAGGGGAGUUUGACCUGUCCACCCCCAAACUGGAAGGGGAGCUGAAAGGUCCUGAGCUGGACAUCAAGGGCCCCAAGGUCAACAUCGAGGCCCCCGACAUCGACGUUCACGGCCCAGAGGGGAAAAUGAAAAUGCCCAAGUUCAAAAUGCCAAAAUUUGGGUUUAAAGGGGAGGGGCCAGAGGUGGACGUGAACCUCCCCACGGGAGAACUGGACGUGUCGGGUCCUAAAGUGGACAUUGAAGGUCCGGAGGUGGACAUUGAGGGGCCGGAGGGGAAGAUCAAAGGCCCCAAGUUCAAGAUGCCCGAGAUGAACAUCAAAGCCCCCAAAAUCUCCAUGCCCGACAUCGACCUCAACCUGAAGGGCCCCAAGGUCAAGGGGGACGUGGACGUGUCCCUGCCCCAGGUGGACCUGAAAGGACCCAAGGUGGACGUGGAAGUUCCCGACAUCGACGUUGAAGGUCCGAAGGGGAAAAUCAAAGGCCCCAAAUUCAAAAUGCCCGAAAUGAACAUCAAAGCUCCCAACCUCUCCAUGCCCGACCUGGACCUGAACCUGAAAGGCCCCAAGGUCAAGGGGGGGGUGGACGUCGAUCUGUCUGCACCAAAGAUCGAAGGGGACCUGAGCUUGCCAGACGUCGACAUCAAAGGCCCCAAGGUGGACAUUGAAGGUCCAGAGCUGGACAUUGAAGGGCCCGAGGGGAAGAUCAAAGGCCCCAAGUUCAAGAUGCCCGAGAUGCACAUCAAGGCCCCCAAAAUCUCCAUGCCAGACGUCGACUUUGGCCUGAAGGGCCCCAAGGUCAAGGGAGACAUCGAUGUCUCUGUCCCCAAGAUUGAAGGUGACCUCAAGGGUCCCGAAAUCGACCUCAAGGGCCCCAAAGUGGACAUUGAGGCACCUGAUGUCGACAUUCAUGGGCCUGAGGGAAAAUUCAAGAUGCCCAAAUUCAAGAUGCCCAAAUUUGGGCUGAAGGGAGAAGGCCCCGAGGUGGACGUGAACCUCCCUAAAGGAGACCUGGACGUGUCCGGCCCCAAGGUGGACAUUGAGGGUCCAGAGGUGGACGUGGAGCUGCCCGAGGGGAAGAUCAAAGGCCCCAAGUUCAAGAUGCCCGAGAUGCAUUUCAAGACCCCCAAAAUCUCCAUGCCUGACAUCGACCUGAACCUGAAGGGGCCCAAACUGAAGGGGGACGUCGAUGUCUCUGUCCCCAAACUCGAGGGUGACCUGAAGGCCCCAGACAUCAACAUCAAAGGCCCCAAAGUCGAUGUUGAUCUCCCCGACGUGGAGCUGGAAGGUCCCGAGGGGAAGAUCAAAGGCCCCAAGUUCAAGAUGCCCGAGAUGCACAUCAAGGCCCCCAAAAUCUCCAUGCCAGACUUUGAUCUGAACCUGAAGGGCCCCAAGGUCAAGGGAGACGUGGAUGUGUCACUGCCCAGCGUGGAAGGGGAGCUGAAAGGGCCCAAGGUGGACGUGAAAGGCCCCGAAUUCGAUGUUUCUGCCCCAGAUGUUGAAAUCGAGGGGCCUGAGGGGAAGAUCAAAGGGCCCAAGUUCAAGAUGCCCGAGAUGAACAUUAAGGCUCCUAAAAUCUCCAUGCCCGAUUUCGACCUAAACCUCAAAGGCCCCAAACUGAAGGGAGAUGUUGAUGUUUCUGUCCCCAACCUGGAAGGGGAUCUGAAGGGCCCUGAACUGGACAUCAAAGGCCCCAAAGUCGAUGUUGAUCUCCCAGAUGUUGAGUUGGAAGGUCCCGAGGGGAAGAUCAAAGGUCCCAAGUUCAAGAUGCCCGAGAUGCACAUCAAGGCCCCCAAAAUCUCCAUGCCCGAUGUUGAUUUUGGCCUCAAAGGCCCCAAAGUCAAAGGUGACGUGGACGUGUCAGUCCCAAAACUGGAAGGCGACCUCAAGGGCCCCGAAAUCGACCUCAAGGGCCCCAAAGUGGACAUUGAUGUUCCAGAUGUCGACAUUCACGGGCCUGAGGGAAAAUUCAAGAUGCCCAAAUUCAAGAUGCCCAAAUUUGGGAUGCCCGGGGUCAAGGCAGAAGGUCCUGAGGUGGACGUGAACCUCCCAAAAGGAAACCUGGAUGUGUCCGGCCCCAAGGUGGACAUUGAGGGUCCAGAGGUGGACGUGGAGCUGCCCGAGGGGAAGAUCAAAGGGCCCAAGUUCAAGAUGCCCGAGAUGCAUUUCAAGACCCCCAAAAUCUCCAUGCCUGACAUCGACCUGAACCUGAAGGGCCCCAAGGUCAAAGGAGAUGUCGAUGUUUCCCUUCCCAAAGUAGAAGGGGAGCUGAAGGCCCCAGACAUCGACAUCAAAGGCCCCAAAGUCGAUGUUGAUCUCCCCGACGUGGAGCUGGAAGGUCCCGAGGGGAAGAUCAAAGGCCCCAAGUUCAAGAUGCCCGAGAUGCACAUCAAGGCCCCCAAAAUCUCCAUGCCCGACGUCGACUUUGGCCUGAAGGGCCCCAAGGUCAAAGGUGAUGUUGACGUGUCACUCCCUAAGAUUGAAGGUGACCUCAAGGGUCCCGAAAUCGAUCUCAAGGGCCCCAAAGUGGACAUUGAUGUUCCAGAUGUCGACAUUCACGGCCCAGAAGGAAAAAUAAAGUUCCCCAAAUUCAAGAUGCCCAAAUUUGGGCUGAAGGGAGAAGGCCCCGAGGUGGACGUGAACCUCCCAAAAGGAGACCUGGACGUGUCUGGCCCCAAGGUGGACAUUGAGAUGCCGAGCGUGGACAUUGAGGGGCCCGAGGGGAAGAUCAAAGGGCCCAAGUUCAAGAUGCCUGAAAUGCACAUCAAGGCCCCCAAAAUCUCCAUGCCUGACCUCGACCUGAACCUGAAGGGGCCCAAGGUCAAGGGGGACGUGGACGUGUCCCUGCCCAGUGUGGAAGGGGAGCUGAAAUGUCCCGAGGUCAACGUCACCGCCCCUGACGUCUCCAUCGACAGCCCCGAGGGCAAAUUCAAACUGCCCAAGUUCAAGAUGCCCAAAUUCUCCAUGCCUGGGUUCAAGGGGGAUGGGGUGGACGUGGACCUGACCCUGCCCAAGGGCGACGUGGCCGUUUCGGGCCCCAGCGUGGACGUGGAGGCUCCGGAGCUGAGCGUGGACGGGAAAGUCAAAGGUCCCAAAUUUUCCAUGCCCGAGAUGAACAUCAAGGCCCCCAAAAUCUCCAUGCCAGACGUUGACUUCAACCUCAAAGGUCCCAAACUCAAGGGGGACGUCGAUGUCUCUGUCCCCAAACUCGAGGGUGACCUGAAGGCCCCAGACAUCGACAUCAAAGGCCCCAAAGUCGAUGUUGAUCUCCCCGACGUGGAGCUGGAAGGGCCCGAGGGGAAGAUCAAAGGGCCCAAGUUCAAGAUGCCCGAGAUGCACAUCAAGGCCCCCAAAAUCUCCAUGCCCGACUUUGAUCUGAACCUGAAGGGUCCCAAGGUCAAGGGGGACGUCGAUGUCUCUGUCCCCAAGCUGGAGGGGAGCCUGCAGUGCCCAGAUGUCGACCUCAAGGGCCCCAAAGUGGACAUUGAGGCGCCAGAUGUGACUCUGGAAGGGCCCAAGGUAAAGAUGCCCGAAAUUCACGUCAAGACCCCCCAAAUUUCCAUGCCUGACAUUGACCUGAACCUGAAGGGCCUGAAGGUCAAAGGUGACGCCGACCUGCACGGCCCCAAGCUCGAGGGGGGCCUGAAGGGCCCCGAGAUCGACAUCAAAGGCCCCAAAGUCGACAUCGAGGGCCCGGCGGUCGACGUGGAUGGUCUGGAGGGGAAAGUGAAGCUGCCCAAAAUGAAAAUCCCCAAAUUUGGCUUUAAAGGGGAAGGUCCCGACGUGGACGUGAACUUGCCGAAGGCCGAGGUGGAUCUGUCUGGCCCCAAGGUGGAUGUGGGCCUGCCAGAGGUCAACGUUGAAGGUCUGGAGGGCAAAGUGAAGGGUCCUAAAGUGAAAAUGCCCGAAAUGCACGUGAACGUCCCCAAGAUCUCCAUGCCCGAGAUAGACUUGAACCUGAAGGGCCACAAAACCAAGGGCGGCUUCGACGUUUCCACCCCGAAGGUGGAAGGUCACCUGAAGGGGCCCGAGGUCGACCUCAAGGGCCCCGAACUCGGGGUGAAAGGCCCCGAAGUUGACAUCGAAUGUCCCGACCUGAGCGUCGAGGGCCCCGAGGCCAACGUCAAAGUUCCCAAGUUCAAAAAGUCCAAAUUUGGGUUCGGCAUGAAAAGCCCCAAGGCGGAGGUUUUACCGGAUUUACCUGAGGCGGAGCUGAGCGUGGAGUCACCUGAUGCCCACCUGUCCGGCAAGGGGAAGAAGAGCAAGUUCAAGAUGCCCAAAAUCCACAUGAGCGGCCCCAAGGUGAAGGGGAAGAAGGGAGCGUUCGACGUGAACGCGGCGGGGGCCGAGCUGGACGCCGAGCUCAGCGCCGCCGGCCCCGAGGGCGCCACGAAAUCCCCCAAAGGCAGGAAGCACAUGUUUGGGAAGAUCUCCUUCCCGGACGUGGAAUUCGACCUCAAAUCGCACAAGUUCCGCGGGGAGGCCUCGGCGGGGGUCCCCAAAGUCGAGGGCGAUCUGGAGGUCAAAGGCCCGAGCCUCAACGUGGACGUUGAAGGUCCCGACGUGAACCUGAAAAGCCCAAAAUUCAAAGUGCCCGGCGUCCAGGUGGGCGCGGGCGACGGGAACAUCGGGGGGGACCUGAGGGGCCCCGGGGUCGACGUCGCCGUCCCCUCGGUGGGCGCCGACAUCGGCGUGAAAGGACCAAAAGUCAAAGGCGAAGUUGGAGUUGCUGGAGCACAACUGGAAGGUCCCGAGGUGAAACUGGGAUGGCCCAAGGGGGGAAAAGCGGGUUUGGGGCUGGAAAUGCCGGACGUGAGUGCCGACGUGGAUGUGAAGCUCAAAGGGCCCCAAAUCUCCCGGCCUGAGCUGGAGGGGAACCUGAAAGGACCAAAAUUAAAGGGAGAUUUGGACAUUUCGGGCUCCGCCCAAGGGCCCGGCGUCACCCUGGGCGCCCCCUGCUCCGUCCAGUCCCCGGGGGCCACCCUGGACCUCCAGGGGCCCUCGCUGGACGUGUCCGGCCCGGAUUUGGAUGUCAACCUGAAAGGACCAAAGUUGAAAGGAGACGUCGGCGCCAAAACCCCGCAAAUGUCGGCGGACGACUCCGGCUUCGAAAUUUUGGGGGGCACCAUCAAACUCCCGUCCCUGAAGCUGCCCCAGUUCAGCCUCUCCGGCCCCAGCGUGGACGGGGGGGACGUGGGGGUCACUCUGGAGGGCCCCCAGGCCAAGGGGGGGCUGAAGGGCUCCGGUUUGGGGCUGGAAGGUCCCGAGGUGGAGCUGAAAGGGCCGAAAUUCUCCGCGCCGGACGUUGACCUGAGGCUGAAAGGACCAAACGUGGACGUGGCCGGAGACAUCCAAGGGCCAAAGGUCAGCGUGGAGGCCCCAGGCCUGGAAGUGUCCGGCUCGGCCUUGAACGUCAACGUGAAGGGGCCGAAGGUCAAAGGCUCGGCCGAGGCGUCGGUCAGCGCCGGCUCCGGAACCUUCCACGCCGCCGGCCCCAGGGCGUGCGGCGAGGGCGGCCAGGUCAGAGUGUCCUUCCCCAAGCUGAGGAUGCCCAAAUUCGUCUUCUCCGAGCCCGAGGCCAAGGGCCGCGAGGUGGGCGUGGACGUCGACUUCCCCGGCGCCGACGCGGCCGAGCCGGAGCCGGACGAGGCCGAGGCCAGGCUGAAGAGAUCCAAGCUCAAGAUGCCCAAAUUCACCUUCUCCAAGCAGAAGGGGCGCGGCGGCGGCGGCGGCCCGGGCUCCCCCGAGGCCUCGGGGUCGGUGUCGGGCUCCAAGGGCGACCUGAAGAGCUCCAAGGGCAGCCUGGGCUCGGCCGAGGGCGAGCUGGAGGCCAGAGCCAAGUUCUCGCUGUUCCGCGGCCGGAGAGCGCGGCCGCGCUCGUCCUCCUUCAGCGACGAGGCCCCGGCGGAGCCCGGCGCCGCCCGCCAGCCCAAGGGCAAGUUCGGGACCUUCGGGGGCGUCGGCUCCAAGGGCAAGGGCUGCUACGAGGUGACGGCCGAGGACGGGGGGUCCCCGAAAUCGCGGCUGGCCCCGGCCGCGUCCUGCGAGCUGCGCAGGGAGUGACCGCCCAGGGCGGGGAGUGACCGCCGGGGGUCAGCGCCGCAGUGACCGCGGGCGGGGGUUGUACAUAGGCCCGGGCGCGGCAGGGACCCCCCGUGUGUACAGAGGGGGGAGGGGGGGGGUCCCCCCGCGUUUUUGGGGUCCUCCCUGUGCUGAGAGCUUCGAUUCUUCCCUCCGCAUUUUCCCCCUUUUUUUUUUUUUUUAUAUUUUUAUUGGGGUUUAUUUUUGUCCCCUGUUUUUUUUUCUUCCCUUCAACUCCGACUCUCCUCCCCCCCCCCAAAAAAAAAAUAUAUUUUCAGUGUUUGGUUCGUGGAAAUGAAUUUUUAUUUUUGGUCUUCCCCCCACCAAC